AGAUCAAAAAGUGAAUAGCGUUACUUUACUGCAGUUUGCGAGUCUCUUGUCAGUUCCCAUAUUGAUAUUCUAGACUUCUAAUGAACGUUUGAUAAAUAAGUCCAAAGUAGUAAACUAUAGGCCUCCAAAGCUCUUCUUUCCCUCGUUUCAAAUAUUUCCAACUUCAGAUUAACAAAAACAACAUCGUCUAUGAACAAAGAAAUUGAGCACUGAUACAUGGCUGUAUACAAACCUGAAGAUGAUUAUGAUUACCUGUUCAAGCUAGUUUUGAUUGGUGAUUCUGGAGUGGGUAAAUCCAAUUUGCUCUCGAGGUUUACCAGGAACGAGUUUAAUCUGGAAUCCAAGUCUACUAUUGGAGUAGAAUUUGCCACCAAGAGUUUGAAUAUUGAUGGGAAGGUCGUCAAGGCUCAGAUUUGGGAUACUGCUGGCCAAGAAAGGUACCGCGCCAUUACUAGUGCUUACUACCGAGGAGCUGUAGGUGCUCUGCUAGUGUAUGAUGUCACUAGGCAUACAACAUUUGAGAAUGUCGGAAGGUGGUUGAAGGAGUUGAGGGAGCACACAGACCCUAACCUUGUUGUCAUGCUGAUUGGCAACAAGUCGGAUCUUCGACACCUUGUAGCUGUUCCAACAGACCACGGAAAGUCAUUUGCAGAGAGAGAGUCCCUCUACUUUAUGGAAACUUCUGCAUUGGAUGCUACCAAUGUGGAAAGUGCUUUUACCGAAAUCCUCACCCAGAUAUACCGGAUUGUGAGCAGGAGGGUGAUUGAGGUGGGUGAUAAUGCAAGUGCUUCCACUCUACCAUCCAGAGGACAAACAAUAAAUGUCAAAGAGGAAUCAGUUCUAAAAAGAAUCGGGUGCUGCUCAAACUAGGGGUUGGUACUUUCUAGCAGUUUACGGCAAUUUUCAAUUGUUCGUAGAUUGAUUACACAUAUAGUUUCUUGUAGAAUAAAAGCUACUAUGUCUGAUAAAUUGUUUGGAAAUUUGCCUAAAAGGCUUCACG